AUGACAAUCGAAAUACCUCUGGAGUAUGAAGGUAGCACGUCUCUUGGAUUUUACAUCAGAUUAUAUAAUAAUUACUGGUAUACCUAUGAGGAAGCCAAUGACUUCUGUGUGCAACAGGGGACGAGACUGGCUGUCGUAGAUACGACUGACAAAAUCAACAUCAUUAUUGCUUUACCUGGUUUUGACAUUACCUAUUACUACUUGGUUGCGGCGACGGACAAUGUUAAAGAGGGCUCAUUCGUGUGGAGUACCGGAAGCCCAGUGUCACGUGAUGCCCAGCUGUGGCAUGACUAUCAGCCAAACAACGCCGGAGGAAACCAAAACUGUUUGACUUUAAAACAGUCAAAGGCGUCACUUCAUGACACUGACCAUGUACGUUUUGUUUCAAUAGUUAUCUUUCCCGGCCAUGUGGAGUCCGAAUUCCUUGAGUGGAUUUGGGAUGGUGAUGUAGACUUCUCUAAGAAGAAUUUCAGUUCCCUCACACUGACCACGACAGCGUUAUCAGAGGUCAACUGUCUGGUCAUUUGUACACAAUGGGUCACUAAUGUCGCCGCAACAUUUAACUCGGACACAAGCACGUGUAGUUGUUAUGCCGAACUGAACGGCUUACCGUCAAAUCCUGGAGAUCGCCUUUGGAAAACUAUACCUUCGGGGUAUGAUGGAAGCAUGUCUCUCGGAUUUUACGCCAGAUUAUACCAUUAUUACUGGUAUAACUAUGAUGAAGCCAAUGACUUCUGUGUACAACAAGGGACGAGAUUGGCCGUCUUAGAUACGACUGAAAAAAUCAAAAUCAUCGUCAUAGCAUUACCUGGUUAUAGCUCUACCCACCACUACUUGGUCGCGGCGACGGAUAAUGUUCAAGAGGACUCAUUCGUGUGGAGUACCGGAAGCCCAGUGUCACGUGAUGCCCAGCUGUGGCAUGACUAUCAACCAAACAAUGACGGAGGAAACCAGAACUGUUUGACUUUAACACAGUCAAAGUUCGACGACGUCACCUGCACAGAUGAUUUCAAAUUCAUUUGUGAAUUGAUAUAAAAAGUCUUGAGGAAAAUAGUUAAGAUUUCCUGGUGAAUCAGACUGAACAGAUAUCCACAGAAAGACAGUUUGUGUCUGCUAAGUUAUACGUUUUCCCCGAAACACUGUACACCGGAUAUUGGUACUAAGGAGAGGGAUCAGGAACAGCACACGGACAUGUUAUACAACUAUUUGCAGUAUUGUAUAUUUUUACACCGUAUGUAGCUAUUGUCACUUUCAAACGUAUUAUUUAUGAUUCUUAAAUUCCAUAUAUAGGACACUUUCUUAAAAAGAUAUGUUACGUGUAUAUGCACUGAAAUAGUACUGAUCUGUACCACAAUUACAGCAGCAGUUGUCGAUCUAUCAUGAUAAUGAAUUAUUAACAUCUCACUGGUUGCAUUUUUCAUGUUAUCUGCUGAACUUAUAAUGCUAUAUUUACAUUCUGUGUUGCAUUUGCCUAUAUGUCGUUAGUAAACCAAAUUGUAUUCAU